UUUCAAAAUGUUCAUUUACGCGUUGGUUUAUCAGAGUGACAUUUUCAAAGACUUCUAAAGAAGUUAUUUCGAGCAAAAUGAGGGCUAGAAGUAAUUUGAAACGUUAUUCAUAAUACAUUUCCUAUCGCCCAUUCAGAGACCCCAACAAUGUUACAGCGCUAUUCUUCUCCGUUUCCAACCAAACAAUAAGCGGCCAGUGUAUGCCUAGCAUCAACGUUUUACAUUGAUCGACUUAAUAGUUUAUAGAGCAAAAGGCAGCAGAAUAAAUACUUAAGACUCCGGGGAUUACUAAUGUCACCAAAGGUUGGCCUCUGCUGUCGAAGCGAGAAACAUGGCGACGCAGCGCCACUGUGCGAAUGCUAGGAAUUCUUGCACAAAUUACUUCGCUAUCGAUCCGACCAGUGUUAACGGUAGUGGAAGUCAUGAAGCUCUAUAUGCGCCGGCAGCUACGGCCAUUCUAUAGUAUUUUUCCCCAGCGCCUGUUCCACGAUCGCCCAGUGUUGUGGAGUAUCCUCGCAGAGACUGUACGUCUUAGACACAGAGCGACAAAUCGUCUUAAAUAAAAUCGCCACGGUGCUGUUGUUGAUAUUGACAUAAAUAUGCAGCUCCAGGAACGAAGCUUUUGUUCCAGAAUGAACAUUUGACGGAUUUAUAUAAAGUGAUGGUGAUUUGAAACGGAGUUUGUAAUCGACUGUAACAGUAUAAAAGACCAAGGACAUUGAAGUUCAGUUAACGAAUCAGACGCAGUAUUGUGACUGUCUGACAAACUGCCAGCGUGACGGAAUUGCUGAUAGUUCACCACAAAUGAAAUGUGAGACAUUAUAAUUCGGAUAUAUAUUCAGGCAAUAACACCAAUAUUUUAGACAGAUUCUCCUCUACCUCGUCUGCAAAUCGGGAAAAUUGUUACAAAAGAUCGAUAUCGCCGAUGUAAUCAUCAAAGACCUUCACACCAACCCAUACUCGUUAAAUGCCGUCAACACGAUGUGUCGUCUUAGACACGGCACAUGCCAGCAAUCAUUGUGAAUAAUUGAAGAAGCAUUAUUAAUCAAAUUGUAUCGUGAGGAUGAAACGACCAACCCUUUAAGUGUAAAAAGUUACCGAAUCAGACGCAGUAUUGUGACUGUCUGACAAACUGCCAGCGUGACGGAAUUGCUGAUAAUGCACCACAAAUUAAAUGUGAGACAUUAUAAUUCGGAUAUAUAUUCAGGCAAUAACACCAAUGUUUUAGACAGAUUCUCCUAUACCUCGUCUGCAUAUCGGGAAAAUUGUUACAAAAGAUCGAUAUCGCCGAUGUAAUCAUCAAAGACCUUCCCACCAACCCAUACUCGUCAAAUGCCGUCAACACGAUGUGUCGUCUUAGACACGGCACAUGCCAGCAAUCAUUGUGAAUAAUUGAAGAAGCAUUAUUAAUCAAAUUGUAUCGUGAGGAUGAAACGACCUACCCUUUAAGUGUAAAAAGGUACAAUAUUGUAUAAACAGCUGCGUUAGUAGAUUUUAUAAUGGAUUCAUGAAAAGUGUUUGUUUAAAAAUAUUCCUGUUAUAAUUCUAGUACUAUUCUGUUACGUAACACUUCAUUUUUGGGAAACACAAUGUCGUCAAACAGCACAAACAGCACCACGGUGCCAGACAUUUUGAAAGAGUCCGCUUCAUUGACGGUUGUUUUCAUCAUACUCUACGUUGUCUUGUUUUUCAUUGGCUUCAGCGGAAACUCGUUGGUUGUAUAUAUUGUGAUGCGUAACAAGGCAAUGCAGACCAUAACGAACAUAUUUAUAACAAAUCUAGCUAUUUCAGACAUCAUGAUAUGCUUGCUUGCAGUACCUUUCACUCCCCUAUCAUACUUCAUGAACUCGUGGGUAUUUGGCGACGGCCUAUGUCACAUAGUGCCUAUGUCGUUGUGCAUAUGCGUGUUUGUCUCGACCCUGACUUCAACCGCAAUUGCGGUGGACAGAUAUUUUGUCAUCGUGUACCCCUUCAAACCACGAAUGAAAACAUGCGUAUGCAUACUAAUGAUUAUUGCCAUCUGGAUAAUCUCAAUAUCCAUUUCACUUCCGCUUGGUAUAUAUCAAGUCAUUGAAGACACAAAUGGAACGAAGACUUGCAAAGAGCAUUGGCCCAAGGACCAGGCAAGACAGUUCUUUACCGUCACGAGUUUGGUACUUCAAUAUAUCGUGCCUUGUAGCAUUAUAACAUACUGCUAUUCAAAAGUAUCACUCGCCCUUCGGAAAAGGUCAAAGUCGAGAAUAGGAUCCGGAAGCGUUUCCAGGGAGCGCGAUGAAAUGGAGAUACGCCGUAAGCGGAGAACUAAUAAAAUGUUGAUUGCCAUGGUGACAAUUUUUGUUUGCUGUUGGCUACCAUUAAAUAUGGUUUUAUUAGUCGGCGAAUAUUAUAACAUAUUUCAUUCAAUGCCAUAUUUUCCUUUGAUCUUUCUUUUAUCCCACGUUAUUGCUAUGAGCUCCAUUAUUUAUAAUCCGUUUCUGUACGCAUGGAUGAACGAUAAUUUUAAAAAGGAAUUCAAACUGGUGUUACCAUGUCUUUAUCGACGGAGUAGUGAUCGGAAUGCAAACGGGAACUUCACGCAGUACACACACGUGGAAACCAACCCGUCUGUCGUGAUGAAUAAAUCGCCACAAAAGGAGAGUAACGGUAAUGAAAAUGCGAAGAACACUAAAGCAUAUUUUGAAGCAGAAACUGAGAGGGUACAUUUAAACGUUGCGGAUGACCAUGAUAACUCCGAUUGAGGGUACCUGGAGACUCAUUUGUGAUAGGAAUAAAAUAUGUAUUUGGAUUAUUGAAUUAUGACUGACUUUUGUUUUGAGAUGGAACAUCUCCGCCUGAAUGAGUACCCUAAGAGAUGAAGGUUUUGCUAUUUGGACUGCCAGUGAUUAAGAUCUUAAUAAAGUCCAUGUAUCAAUUAAUAGUCAGAUUAUGAUAUAUUAAAAACGUAUUAAAAGCAGCAGUUUCAGUAAAGUAUUGACACAAUUGUGUUGGUUCCUGUCUUAAUGAGUCUCCGAACAAUUGGUUACAUGAAAAAAUACAAACUGUUUUGAGCUUGUUUUUCAGUUGUAUUAUACCUGGAGCUUGAUGAAACGUUUGCCUCUGAGGAUCGUCAAACAAGCAUCAUCGAUGUUACGUGAUGAAUGUGUUACGGGGUUCGAGGGACUCAACAAUUAACAAUGUGGAACAAGGGACUGAUUUUUUCAGAUGGAAUGUCUUACAAGUAUGAAGGAGAACAAUAAAAGCGGUUUAACAUGAACAGAUAUGACGGAGACUUACAAUAAAAACAAUACAUAGACUAAUUAUGUUUAAGUAGUGUAAUGAUGAUACUGUAUAAAGACGUGGAACACACGAGUCAGUGUAUUUCAUCACAAACGUGUUUAGUUUGGAUAGUUUUUGGACAACAGUUUUGUUAAACCACUUGGUAAAUAAACAUGUUAUUAUUUAUCUUUAUGCGGGUAAAGAUUAUUAAAGGACAUUUUAUAACGGUGUAAACAUCUUAAUCCAUUUGAAAUGGCAUGUAAGUUGCUAUGUAACAACUCUUAAUUGCCUACAUCUAAACUGAAGCAAUAAGAGGUAAAUUAUAAUUGAGAAAAGUUUGUGGAAAAUUUACUUUUCUUAAAAUACUACUUUUAACAUUUAUGAUGCGAAUCACAAUUUUAUUCCAUUGUACUCAAAAAUGUUUAUUGUCUGUACUAAGGUAUUUUUGGCCGUUCUUUAUCUAUGUUAUAUUGCAUUUCAAUUUCAUUGUGGAAUGCGUCCGAAAAAUAAUUCCAUUACUUGCACAAGUUUUGAACUACUUUAGCUAUGUUAUAAUACAUGUUCUAAGAGGUAUGCUUAUUGUAUGCUAGCAUAUGUUUUAUUUAAACCUUUUCGCCGUCAUUGUUUUACCAUAUGAAAUAAAAUAUGUAAAUUCGUGAUCAAAGGGACCAGGACCAGGGGUGUUUCAAUUUCAUAUUUUUCAUUGAGCAAAGUCCUAUGCGGUAAAAUCACCUAUAAAAUCCUAUAUGUAAGCUCGUUCUUUAACCAAAUAUGUAUACAUUCACAACUGUGUACUGUUGAGUGAUUGCGCUGAUUUACCUUUAACUAACAUUAAAUAGUAGAUAAUAAACAAUAUACAAAACAAUACACGUUCCUUAGUAUAAUUGGAUAUUAAACAGGUGAGAACGGUGGAUUUUCAGUUAAAACGAAUUUUACUUUUAUUUUCACGUUAUAUAAUCAUGUAUUUUGCACUUUUUGCGUCUUUGAAUUCUGAAUUCCUUGGUCCUUGUCAUUCACUCUUGCGUUCAUGUAUAUCGUAUGACUGUAAAUAUGUGACAUGCUUUUCAAAUACAUAUUAUUUAUUUGUGUGUUUAUACUUGUAUCAAAAAAGAAAAAAAUAUUUUAUUUAAUUAUAUAUAUUUUACUAUAAUAUCUAUAAAGCGAUAAAUGAACAUAAGUUAGCUGACGGGACGAAGGCAACACUUCAAUCAAGAUUGUCCUUUUUAUAGUUAUGUUGCCGUUAUGAAUGCAUAUACUAGGAUAAUGCAGUAGUAGUGAAUACAUGUUGUUGGUUAAUAAAGCCCUUUCUGAAUCGAACAAGCAUUUGUACCCAGAAACCCCCACUUAGUACUUUUUCGUUUCUGAAAGUGAGUUCGUCAAAUACAUAAAGUGCUUUAUGUGAUUAUUUAUUUCGUGGUUUUAAGAUAUAAAAAAUGUAUAAAUAAACAUAUAUAUAUA